UUACAAAUAACGCUGCUACAAGAAAAAAAAAAAAAAGAGAAGAAACAGUAAAGAAAAGAAAAAGACAUAUCCAUAGAUCUUUGCCGACCGGAGAAAAUAUCUUCUUCUUCCGUCUUCUUCACUUCACCCAGGAGGAACUUCUCUUUGAAAUCGGUUUGAUUCAGCCAUGGCGAACGCGGCGUCAGGAAUGGCAGUGCAUGAUGAUUGCAAGCUAAAAUUUAUGGAACUGAAGGCGAAACGAACAUUCCGUACCAUAGUCUACAAGAUUGAGGACAGGCAAGUGAUUGUAGAGAAGCUCGGUGAGCCUGAACAGACGUAUGAUGACUUUGCUGCUAGUCUUCCAGAAGAUGAAUGCCGCUACUGCAUUUACGAUUUCGACUUUGUCACUGCUGAGAACUGCCAGAAGAGCAAGAUUUUCUUCAUCGCUUGGUCUCCGGACACUGCUAAAGUGAGAGACAAGAUGAUUUAUGCGAGCUCUAAGGAUAGGUUCAAGAGAGAACUUGAUGGGAUUCAAGUGGAGCUUCAAGCUACUGAUCCAACCGAAAUGGGUCUUGAUGUUUUCAAAAGCCGCACCAACUAAGAAGUAUAAAAAGGAAACCCAUACAAGGGUUCUUGAAUAAGUUUGUUUCUGGAGUGAGAUAUGUUUCCUCUGACUGUUAUGAAAAACUUUUUUAACUUCAUUCUAUUUGGUAUUGUUGUCUGUCUUUGAUGUGUUUAAUCUAUGACAACUAUGAAGAUGUGUUGCCCUUGUGAUGGUUUUCAAUUAGUUUACAUUUGUACAAUACUUGGGAAUCAGAUAGUGGCUUCAAGCCUUGUCUCAUCAUCCCUCUGAUUUUAUCUUAUACAUCCGUAUAUGUUAUGACUCCC